AGGCCAGCAGGAUCAGGGGCGGAUCCGGGGAGGGGCCUCUGUCCUAGGCCGGGCAUUCACCUCUGUGCUUAAUCAGACCAGGCAGUCCGCUGUGAGCCACGACCCAGUGCAGCCGGGUGGAGUGUCAUCUUUGGUCACCAGUUCCCAUGAGGGCUUGGGCAACAUGGUGCCCACUGUCCAGGUGGCAGAGAAGCAGGCAUGCGAGGAGCCCAGGCAGGACCAUGAACUCAGGUCCUGGAGAUGCCUAGUAUUCUAUCUCUGCUUCUUUGGCUUCAUGGCACAGUUGCGGCCCGGGGAGAGCUUCAUCACACCCUACCUCCUGCAACGUAACUUCACAAUGGAGCAGGUGACCAAUGAGAUCAUUCCGGUGCUGCCCUACUCUCACCUGGCCGUGCUGGUGCCAAUCUUCCUGCUCACAGACUACCUGCGAUACAAGCCAAUCCUGGUCCUGCAAUGCCUGAGCUUCAUGUGCGUUUGGCUGUUACUGCUGCUGGGCAACUCUGUACUGCACAUGCAGCUCAUGGAAGUCUUCUACAGCAUCACCAUGGCUGCGCGCAUUGCCUACUCCUCCUACAUCUUCUCCCUGGUGCACCCCUCCCGAUACCAGCGCAUGGCCAGCUAUUCAAGGGCUGCAGUACUCCUGGGAGUCUUCACCAGCUCUGUGUUGGGCCAGUUGCUGUGGCCCCUGGAACAAAAAUCUAUCUUCAUGCUCAACUACAUCUCCUUGGGCUUUAUCAUCUUCAGUCUGGGCCUCUCCCUCUUCCUAAAGCGUCCUAAGCACAGCCUCUUUUUCAACCGCAGUGCACUUGUGCACAGAGCCUUGCCCUGCGAGCUGGACCAGAUGCACCCGGGCCCUGGCCAACCAGAGCCUGGGAAGCUAGAGCGAGUGCUGCGCAAUUGUAGGAACUCCUUCCUGGUGUGCAUGCUAAGUGAACUGGUGGAAAAUGUACGGCAGCCACAGUUGCGCCUCUGGUGCCUCUGGUGGGUCUUCAACUCUGCAGGCUACUACCUGAUCACCUACUACGUACAUGUCCUGUGGAGAGCUAACCAAAACCUCAGCUACAAUGGUGCCGUAGAUGCUGCCUCCACACUGCUGAGUGCCAUCACGUCCUUCUCUGCCGGCUUUGUGAAAAUCCGCUGGGCUCUGUGGUCAAAGCUGGUCAUUGCAAGUGUUAUAGCCCUCCAGGCUGGGCUGGUUUUCUGUAUGUACAUGGUCUACAACCUCUGGGUACUCUAUGUGACCUUCGUCCUUUUCCGUGGGGCCUACCAGUUCCUCGUGCCCAUUGCCACUUUUCAGAUUGCAUCAUCCUUGUCUAAAGAACUCUGUGCCUUGGUCUUCGGGAUCAAUACAUUCCUUGCCACUGCGCUCAAGACUGCCAUCACACUUGUGGUCUCCGACAAACGGGGUCUGGGCCUCAAAGUUGAAAAACAGUUCUGCAUCUACUCCGUGUACUUCAUGGUGCUUUCCAUCGUCUGCUUUGUCGGGGCUGUGCUGGAUGGCGUGAGGUACUACCGGCGUGGUCGCCACCAGCCCCUGCCCUUGGCCCAGGAGCUGAGUCCCUUGGAGAAUUCUGUGCAGGUGCUAAGUGUGCAGGAUGGAGGCCUGGAGGGACAACAACCCUCAGCGCCACAGCUGCUCUCAGAGGAUGACGUGGAGGACAGCAUGGCGGACUUGGGAGUUGAAGCCAAGGCCUGACCCAUUUUGACCUUCCUGGCUUCAUCCCAGUUCAGUGGGUGGAUUCCUGACUCAUGCAGCCCCUUCCCAUGUGCUCUCCAUUCUGAACCAGCCUAGGCCUAAUGCCGAAGAUGGACUGUACUAUCUUGAGUCCCAGGGCCCAAGACAUGUGGGGCUCCUUUCAGGAGCCCUUAGAAUGUCCACAGGAUUCACCUUUGGAGCCACUGUUUUAACUGAGGGACAAUAGUUUGUCCCUACUGAUAGCCUCUGAGGACCCUAAACCCAGUCUACUUCAUGCUUUAGCUGUGGCCAAAGCCUGCUGGGAACACUCAGGGCAGCUUGCCUAGCUGUGUGACCCACAUGCCAGGCCACUGUGAGCCUGCAUUGCCUGUGGCUUGCCAAGAAAAGCCUGUGUUGGAGUCAGCUGUGUCCACCAGGCUAGCUCCCCCUCAGCCCCAGGAAGCUCAGGACAAAUAUGUCUGUCCCCAGGGCUAGUGAGGUAGCUCAGACACCAGCCAAGGCACACUGACCCUGCAGGGUGCUUGCUGGUCCUGUGUGGGGUGGAUGCCUGUCCCGG